UUGUUGUUGCUCCUGGCCUGGCCACACGAAUAUUCCAGGGGUACUUCAUCUGGCUGCGAAUCUCGGGCAGCGUUCAGUUUCAUCUGAGACGUUUGGCGCAGCGGUCGAUACCACAGUGAAUCAGGCCAAACGCUGUGAAAUAUAUACGAACAAGGAAGGAAGAAGGCGAAAACCUCAAAAAUUCCAAUAGCAAAACCCUAGUUUCGAACUAAGAAUACCUGAAGUUGCUAAUGAACUUUUUCCCGGUUGAAAAGCUGAAGAGUGAACAAGAGUGAAUUGUGAAAAGUGAUUCCGAAAGGACCAAGCCAAGUGUUGUGGUGCUCUGGGGAAGAAACUGAAAGUGUCCUGCGGUGGCGGAGUCUUGCAUUUGCCGUCGCUAAUUGUGCAGCUGACAGGCGGCAAUCAGGAAGGAAAAACUUUUGCUCCUGCCGCCGGUUACGCUUCUCCUGCCUCGCACUUCGUCCAAAUCCAAAAUCCGCAUCCGUAUCCGAAUCCCGGGAAAUUGUCCGCCUGCCAGGCCUCAAGCUGGGCGAUUACCGCAAAAUGACACGUGUCAGGCGCAUUGUGCGCUUGGCCUAAAAGUAUGCUGCAUCAUUAGUGUCUCAACAACGGGCACAACUAUACCAACGCCAACGCCUACGACUACAACUACACCAACGAGACAAAGGAUGAACUGGGCUGGCUGCAGCUGGGAAAACUGAAAAUGCACGCUCAUUAGAAGGGACAGACGCGCCGAGCGGGAAAAGCCAACAGCAAAAGCGCAUUGCGAGUUCCUAAGUCAAACGCCAACGCCGAAAAAACAACGCCCUGCCAUAAUUAGCAGCGACAGAAAUACAGGGAAACUUGGGGAAAGGCAACGGAAAGCGGAAGGACAGCUGGCAAAAGUCAAGGACGAGCUCCAGCAUAAUUCGCGAAGGCAUGGCCAUGGGUAGUAACUCCAGUUAUCUCGAGCCCCACAAGACGCCCAAAGCGGACGCAGCGAGGUGAUUUUCGUGACUUUCAAAACUAGACAAAUUGGCAGAGCUCGCAAUUUAUCGCCGGGCAAACUGAUAGAUUCGAUUAGCAGUCUAAAAAGCAUAAAGCCAGCGGACCACAGAGACAACAGCCGGCGGCUUCUUUAAUUUGUCAACCAAACACCAACCAGCAACCACCUAGCACCACCCACCAGCCAACAGACACCGCCCACCGCCCACCGCCCAUCGGACUUCCGCUAAAUCCAUCGCCGUAAGCCCACAAACAUCGAGUCAUGCCGGAGCAGGAUAAUUACGAUGAUGAGUUGGUCUCCAGCAAUCCCAACCAACGGAACUGGCGCGGAAUCCUCAUCGCGCUGCUGGUCAUCAUCAUUGUCCUGGCCCUGAUUGUUACAUCGGUGGUGCUGCUCACGCCCCCCGAUGAGGGACCGCGGGUCAAGGGGCAGCGCAUCAAGCUGCAGGACAUCGUCGAUGGCCUCUUCGUGCCGCAGCACUCCAACGGCACAUGGAUCGAUGGCGAGGAGUUUCUGUACCAGGACCAUUUGGGUCGCAUCUGUCUGCUGAAUGCAGCCAAUCGCUCGGAACGUGUCCUCAUGUCCAAUGUGACAUUUAAAACGCUGUCACCCUUCACCUUCACCAUAUCGGCGGACAAGCGCUAUCUGCUCCUGGCCCAGAAUGUUGUGAAACUGUUCCGCCACUCGUACUUGGCCCAGUACACGCUCUACGAUAUUCAGACCAGCGAGAGCAUCAAGCUGCGCCACAGUCCGCACCAGGAUGAAUGGCCCUACCUGCACUACGCGCGAUUUACGCCAUCUGGAAACGCAGUUGUCUGGGUCCAGAGCUACGAUAUCUAUUACCGGGAGGAGGUCCGCAGUGCGUCCGUGCAUCGGAUUACCCACGAUGCGGUGCCCGGCGUGGUGUACAACGGCAUUCCCGAUUGGCUGUACGAAGAGGAGAUACUUCACGCAAAUAAUGCGAUUUGGAUGUCCGACAACGGCCAACUGAUGCUGUACGCCACCUUCAACGACACGCACGUCCAGGAGCAGCACUUCGCCUGGUACGGCACGACGGGUCCGUCCGGCGGAGAGGCAGCAGCUGCAGCGGCAGUCGCAGCUGGAGGAGCCGGAACCGGGAGCGCAGGAGCGGCCGGCAGCAAUCCGCAUGCCAGCCUGUACCCGGAAAUCAGGUCCUUACGCUACCCCAAGCCCGGCACCCAGAAUCCCACGGUAACCCUACGAGUGGCAGACCUGAAGGACCCGCUGAAAGUUCACAUCACAGACCUGCAUCCCCCGCAAAUAAUAGCUAAUGAGGAUCACUACUUCAGCAGCGCCAGCUGGGUGAGUCACUCGAAAAUCGCAGUGGUGUGGCUCAAUCGUCCGCAAAACAUCUCGGUGGUCAGUGUGUGCAAGGCUCCUUCGUUCCAGUGCAUCGAGACCCACCGGGUGAGCGGAGACGGACGUGGCUGGGUGGACACUGUCGCAGUGCCAUUGUUUGCCGCCAAUGCCAGCAUCUACGUGGCCAUAUCCCCGCUGCGAGAUGGACUGUUUGGCUAUUUCCGGCACAUCGUGCACGUGGACAUCGACAAGAACCGGGUGCUGCCCCUCACCCAUGGUCCGUACGAAGUGAAUCGACUGCUGCACUGGGAUCAGCUGGAUAAUUGGAUUUACUUCCUGGGAACUCCAGAGCGUCUUCCGUCGCAACAGCAUCUGUAUCGCGUAUCCGCCCUGCCGGCCCGCCAAGGUCAGGCCCUGCGCUCUCCCGACUGUCUGACGUGUCCGGCGGUGUCGCAGUGGUCCGAGGGCUACGACGAAGGUCACACCAAGUCGCCGCCCAAGCUGGUGACCGCCUGGGACGAUGACUGGGAGGACUCCGAGGAGGCGGAGGCGCAAGCGCCGCAGUCAGCUCUGCCCGUGGAGCAACAGCCGCCGGGGCGGGGUCAAAGUGCUCCUCUGCCACCGCCCCCCAGUGACUGCCUGUACCACGAGGCGAAGUUUCCAAUCUCGCGGCAAGCGAAGUACGUACUGAUCGAUUGCCUGGGACCAGUGGUACCCACUUCCAUACUUUACGGCUUCAAGUCCGCCGCUGCGGACAGUGCCAAAACGAAACGACACAGCACCCAGCAGGAGGAACCACCCACGGAGGGUGGUGAUGAUAAAGCAGAGGAGGAGCCCAAGUCUCAGUUCCUGGAGCUCCUGGUCAUCGUGCAGAACAACACCCGGUUGAAGGAGAAGAUGGCCAAGACCGCCAUGCCGCAGAUCAAGACCUUCCCCGUGAUGAUCUCCGGCGGCUAUCAUGCCCAGGUCCGACUAUACCUUCCGCCGGUGCUGCGCGAGGACGAGAUAACACGGUAUCCCACCAUACUGCAUGUUUACUCGGGACCGGGCAGCCAGUUGGUCACCGAUCUCUGGCACGUCGAUUGGAACACCUAUCUGGCCGGCAGCAAGGAUUACAUUGUUGUGGAGAUCGACGGACGGGGAUCCGCCGGGCAGGGCUACCAGCUGCUCCACGAGGUCUACAAGCGUCUGGGCAGCGUGGAGGUUUCCGAUCAACUGGAGGUCAGCGAGUACCUCAGGGAUAACCUGCACUUCAUCGACUCACGCAGAAUGGGCGUCUGGGGCUGGAGUUAUGGAGGAUACACAGCUGCAUUGGCCCUGGCAGGACAGCAGUCGAUUUUCCAGUGCGGGAUCAGCGUGUCGCCGGUUACCAACUGGAAGUUAUAUGACUCCACGUAUGCGGAACGCUAUCUGAGUUUCCCCAACGUGACGGACAACUACAAGGGCUACGAGGAGAGUGACCUGUCCAAGUACGUGGACAACCUGCGCGAUCGCCAGUUCCUGCUGGUCCACGGAACCGCCGACGACAAUGUGCAUGUGCAGCAAUCGAUGGUCCUGGCCCGAUCUCUGACCAGCAAGGGAGUGCUCUACAAGCAGCAGAUAUAUCCGGAUGAGGGCCACACCCUUUCGGGGGUUAAGCGGCACUUGUAUCGAUCGAUGACCGCCUUCUUUGAGGAUUGUUUCAAGAAACUGGUGCCGCCGGAAUCGAAAGCUGGUCUGGGCAGUGGCGGCGAUAUGCAACAGCAAUAAACUUGAAUUAUGGCAGCAGGAAUUCUGAUAACAAAAGUAUGGAACACAACAAACUUCAACCGGAACGUGCGAACGAAAUGUUUUUCUGUAAAUUGCAUUCUAUGUGAUUUAUCAUGAACACACCCACGACACCUACACACAUAAAGCGGCUAAAUGGCAACUCAAAUAGCCAAACGGCGGCGGCAACGCAUAAAAACAACUUAGUUAAAUGGCAUUUUGUGUAAAAUUAAUAAGCAAAGCGGCAGCAGCAACUGCAAAAUGUGAAAUACGAAACGCGAAAUGCCAAGUAAGUGUGCCCAAAAAGGAGCAUAAACAAACAAAUGUAUAUGUAUGCGGACAAAGCGGACAAAAUCAACAUGGUUGUGAAAACAUAACUCACACACACACGCGCACACAGACCCCG